AACAAUCUUCCGCCAUCUUCCAAACACCAUCAACAAGCUUUUCGCACCUCUCGUCUGUUAGGUUUUAGUUCCAAUAUCAAAAAUCAUGAGUUCAGGAGGAUCGACUAAGGGUGGACGUGGCAAGCCGAAGUCCGUCAAGUCUGUGAGCAGAUCCCAGAAGGCCGGCCUGCAGUUCCCCGUUGGCCGUAUCGCUCGUUUCCUAAAGGCGGGAAAGUACGCCGAUCGUGUCGGCGCCGGUGCUCCGGUCUACCUCUCUGCCGUCCUCGAAUACCUCGCUGCUGAGGUUCUUGAACUCGCGGGAAACGCUGCGAGGGACAACAAGAAGAAUCGUAUAGUUCCAAGACACAUACAAUUGGCUGUUAGGAACGAUGAAGAACUGAGCAAGCUUUUGGGGACUGUAACAAUUGCAAACGGCGGCGUUUUGCCUAACAUUCAUCAAAAUCUCUUGCCUAAAAAGACGGGAAAAGGGAAGGAUAUUGGGUCUGCCUCCCAAGAGUUUUAGGAGUAUCUGGUUUUAUUAUUCUUUCAUGGGAGUUUUUGCGAAGAUUGUGAUACAAUUUAUCUGGGUCCUUAUAAUCUUUGAUUUGGGUUAAAUUUUUUCUGGGUUGAAUAUAUAUAUUGCCAAUUACUUUUCUGUGCAUCA